ACAUUCACUCCAAUGUUAUGAGUGUUUAGAUAUGGGUUCUUGUGAAAGACAGAAAGUGACGACGUGUCCGGACACUGCCACUGCCACAUGUCUAAGUAUAACAUCUGUACAAAUCAUUGGUGGCCCUGAAGUUGUAAAGCAGAUUAAGGGUUGUGGAGUGAAAGAGAAUUGUAUAGAUGCAUCUGUUAACAAUGGAGUUGUCAGGACAGUUACAUCUUCACAGUGUUGUGACACAGACCUUUGUAAUAGUGAAGAGUCGCCAGAUUCCAGCUUUAACAGCCCCAAUGGAAAACAAUGUUACUACUGCGAUGGACAGAGUUGCUUCAACAGAUUAAACUGUUUAGGAGAUGAAGACUACUGCUUUAAAGCUACAGUAACUGCUGAGUCUCAGACUUUUAAAGGAUGCAUCUCUAAAUCCAUCUGUGAUGCUGCUCUACAAGUGAAUGCAGAUUACUUGAGCUCUUCAUGUUGUCAGGGGAAUCUGUGUAACAGUGCUAAGAGCGUCACACAGAAUCUCCUCUUUCUCUUAUGGCCGCUCUUCUUCUACAUCUUGAUCCACUGAAUUCAGCAAAACUUCACUCUCUACAGCAGUAAUGUUAGAUAUUUUGGUGGGAUUAGUAAAAAAAAAGUUUCAUGAUUUAUGCAGCAGCAACAGCAGUAUGUGACAUAUUUUGGAUUUAAAAUAAAGCAAUAAACCCCAAGAAGCAGUGGGUUACCCGUGCAUUUUAUAACAGCUAAGGGCCGUUGUUAGGCACGACGCGAAGCGGAGUAUGAUUUAAGACUGUGGUGUUUAUUUUUAUAAAUCAACAUUCAUCUAAAAUAUACAUUAACAUUUAUAUCGUGCAGCUGUUGAAGUGAUGAUCAAAUAUGCUUGGAAGCAUGCUUAACUCUUUCCCCGUCAGCGUUUUUUUUAAAGUUGCCACCCAGUUUUAGUUUAA